UCAUUCAUUCAUUCAACCUUCAUUUGCUUACAAAACCCUACUUUUUGCUUGCACACUUUUACAUCAACACUCUUCAUCAAAAUCCCACUUUUUCUUUUUACUAUAUUUCGUAAAUCGAAUCCUAAAACGACGAGUUUUGAGUCCGAUUUAUCGAGAAAGAUGGUGUGUAUGCCGAUGAAAAGAUCGAGAGAAGAUGGACUAGACACGUCCAUAAACAACAUGGCAAAUUAUUUGAUGCUUCUUUCGAGAGGAACCACAAGCACGGAACCGUAUGAUGCCAGCUUGGUGAGUCGGGUUUUUGAGUGCAAGACGUGCAACCGUCAAUUUCCGUCUUUCCAAGCACUUGGUGGACAUAGGGCUAGCCAUAAGAAGCCAAGGCUUCUUGAUGGAGACAUGAUGGAUCAUCAUGAUCACAGUACCAUCUCACCGGCUAAACCCAAAGCCCACAAGUGCUCGAUUUGUGGGAUUGAGUUUGCCAUAGGACAAGCUUUGGGUGGACAUAUGAGGCGGCAUAGGACGGCAACAACGACGGAGAACCACUCUCCUCCACCACUGGAUUUGUCAACGCCGGUGGUGAAGAAGGUGAACAGCAGGAGGGUGUUUAGUUUGGACUUGAACUUAACACCGUUGGAAAAUGGCUUCGAGUUUAGAGUUGAUGAUGAGAAGAGGACUCCAAUCACGGUUGACUUUUUCUUAUAAUGGGAAUUUAAUUGAUGUAUCAUUGUUGAGAUAUUAUACCAUUUUUUGUUUCGGAAUCUAUAGGACAGAUUUUAAUU